CCGGUUAUAGGCCAUUUGCUGUCACCUGAUUGCCUUGCAGCCGCUUGCAGCGUCCUGCAUGUGAAAAAGAAAAAGAAAAGUGUAACAUUUAUUCGGCACUUCGGGUCGCUCGGAGGCGAGCUCGCACUUGUAGAGAAAGCACACUUCUACAUCGUUCUGUCGAGCCGCCCGAACCAUUAGCGCCCGCGAAAUCGACGAAAUGUUCAGUUGGUCCACGGCGGCGUUCGACAAGCUGCUGGACAAGGCCACUAGCCAUUUGCUUUUGGAACCUGACUGGCCUUCUAUCAUCCAGAUUUGUGACUGCAUUCGCCAGGGAGACGUGCAACCAAAGUACGCUGUUAGUGCAAUCAAGAAAAGACUUUACACCCGAAACCCACACGUGACGCUGUUUGCCCUGCAGGUUCUAGAAUCCUGUGUCAAGAACUGUGGGGCUCUAGUUCACAAUGAAAUCGCUACCAAGCCUUUCAUGGAAGAGUUGAGAGAUCUUGUAAAGGCAAACACCAACGAGGCUGUGCGUGACAAGGUACUUGAGCUGGUUCAGGCCUGGGCCCACGCGUUUCGCAACGAUCCAAACUACAGGGCCGUGCAGGACACGUUGAACCUGAUGAAAAUGGAAGGGUACAAGUUCCCGUACUUGAAAGAGAGCGAUGCCAUGUUCGUGGCCGACCAGGCGCCGGAGUGGGCUGAUGGCGACUGCUGUCACCGGUGCCGUGUUCAGUUCUCGCUUGUCCAGAGAAAGCACCACUGCCGCAACUGUGGCCAGAUCUUCUGCCAGAAGUGUUCCUCGCAAAACGCGCCCAUCCCUCGGUUCGGCAUCGAGAAAGAAGUGCGCGUCUGCGAGGCCUGCUUUGAGAAGCUGUCUGCCGCAAGCAAGGGUCAGCCGGUUAAGGUUUCUCAGAAAGGAAGCGGCUCCGAGCAGUCCUCACCGAGCCAAACCUCCUCUGCGCCUGCCGGUGGCAAAUCUGAGCAGGAAUUGCAGGAGGAGGAAGAGCUUCAGCUGGCGCUGGCACUCUCCAAGAGUGAAGUGGAAACCAACCAGCGUUCCACUCAGCGGAGGUCAUGGCAACCUCCCAGCACUGUGCAGAAUGCGACCACGACCACCACGACAAGUCCUCCACUGUCUGCCACUGACGCUGGUGACAAAGCUGCAGACAAGACACGGCGCAAGGACCUGGCAGACGGGGACCCUGAAUUGGCUCGCUAUCUCAACCGUGCCUACUGGGAACAGCGGCAGCAACAGCAGCAGCAACAGGACACUAACGCUGUUGAUGGGCUGCCGUCACGACAGAGCCCGAUCCCCAGCGCACCAACUUCCGCAGGAUCGCCGUACACUGUUCCACCUAAGAAUGCAGAGAAAGUAGACGGCAUUAGUGGCGAGGCAGACUCCCAGCUCGAAGAGUUUGUCGCCCAGUCUGCGGUCCACGCUGGAGGUGUUCGUCAACCGACUGCAGAGCAACGCGGCGCGCUGGAAGGCACGUGGCCAACUGACUCGUACGUGCAGAGCCUCUUCAUGAGCGUCAGCAACAUGCACUCGCAGCUUCUGCACCACCUUCAGCAGCAGGAGGAUUUCCGCGAGUACUAUGAAGGCCUGCAGGAUAAGCUGGCUCAGAUCAGAGACGCACGUGCGGCCCUGGACGCACUGAGGGACGAGCACCGCGAUCAACUGCGCCGGGAGGCGGACGAAGCGGAGAGGCAGCGGCAGAUCCAGAUGGCCCAGAAGCUGCACAUCAUGAGGCAGAAGAAACAAGAGUACCUGCAGUACCAGCAUCAACUCGCGCUGCAGCGGAUGCAAGAACAGGAACGGGAGCUGCAGAUGCGGCACGAGCUGCAGAAACAGUACCACCACGGCGGUGCCGGAUUCCCGAACCAGCCGCCCGGAUUACCGCCCCCAGCACAGGGCAUGCCGCCGCACUCCGUCUCAAUGCCUCCACAGCAGCCUCCACCGGUCAACAUGGGGGCACCACAAGACCACUCGCAGAUGCACCUGCCACCUCAACUCCACGGUGGGCCCAUGCCGCCAGCGCCACCGGGUCAGAUGAUGUCACCUCGAGGCCAUACCAUUCAACAGGGAAUACCUCCGCAAGGACAACAGCACGUAAUGACAACGCAAGGACACACAAUCCUGCCCCCCCAGGGUCACUCCGUACCACAACCAGGGACGCCCGUGACGGCGCCGGGGCAGCACUCGGUUCCACCACAAGGACACCAGAUGCCGCCACCGCAAGGACACCUCUCGAUGCACUCUCUGCCGCCCCAUUCGGCGCCAAUGUCGAUGCCCUCGCAAAUGCCACCGCAGCAGCAGGCGAGGCCCCCCAUGCACAUGCCAGUGAUGCCACCGCCCUACCGGUCCCCAACGCAUGCGGCCACCGGUGCACCAGCCAUGCCGUACAUGAUGGGGACGGCACCGCCGCACGCCACCAUGAUGGCGCAGACCCAGUACGGCCCCGUGAGCAUGCCUGCUCCCAUGGGGCACCCCAUGGACUACCAGGCAUAUAGCAUGCAGCAGGCGAUGUCGAUGGGCAUGAUGCACGGCAUGCCACACCAGGAAAACCCGGCGGCCUCUCCGCCACAGCACCAUCGCCCGCCGACCAGCAAUCCAUCGUUCGAGUCCGCCACGGGCGCGCCGGCCGGAGCUCCGCCAGUGCAGGAGGCUGCCCUCAUAAGCUUCGACUGAGCUCUCUUUCGCUACGAGCCCAGAGGCUUCAACGAACUUGGUUGUUCCCGGUCGAGGUCGUCCUUUCCGUUACGGAACACUCACCUGGCCCACUUGAAGCAAGUGUACAGUCUUGGCAUUGUAGGAUGUCUUUAUCACACGCUCGCCCUCGAGUUCCACCCAAACUGAGAACUACCAAUGCUUUUGUUCUUUAUCCUCCGCGAGGUGAUGCGAACAACUACUGGUCAUGCUUUUUUGUUGCUUUACUCUUCGGCAAAGUGAGAUGGUCAAACUAACUUGGUCAGCGAUUGCACCAGAAUAGGGUGGGCGGCAGCGCGCAGGCACUGACGUCGGCAAAAAAAAAAAAAAAAUUGUCUCGAGGUGACCUUGCGCCAGCUGUAUAUCAAAGCAAGGCAACUUGCAUAAGCGAAGACCAAUGUUUGAUUGCACUACCACUCGUUAAGACAGCAACCUCAGCAAGAUCUAAUAUGCAGAGGCACGAAAUAUACGGGCUGCUCAAUUACAGCGGGCGUGGGGACAGCGAGGCUGUUUGAAUGUGGUGAUUCGACUGACGUUGCUCUCCUGGUGGCGCAUGUAGUAGCAGGCUGGCCGAAUGGAAUCUGUGGUACAUCCCCAGUGACACUUAAUCGGGGCUUUUCUUAAAGGCAAUGCGCUGAGCCGAGAUUUGCAUUGGCAUUUUAGUUUCAAACAGUCGACUACAUUUUAGAAGCACGUGCAAAGCGUUGCAUGUUGGUGCCGACUGUCUGGGCUUUGUGAGGUGCCGCUUUUAAUGCUUAAGACUUUUACACUACAAUUCUUUUAUUUACUUUUUUUUUUCAUACAUGUGGUAAAAAAAAAAAAAGUCGAAAUUGCAGACUUUUGUUAAUACAGUCGUAGUAGUAUCGAACGCAGUAUCGUACAAGCAGUGUAGAAGCUUGGGGGAUAAUGGCAGCAUUAAAAUAGCGUGCACGUACUACUUUUCAACAGUCUCUAUAAAACCACGGGGGAAGAACAUCGUACAUCUGAUUAUAGUUACUUAUAAAAGUCCGGUCAACCUUUCCAAGAGUGGCAGCUUUUUUUUGCAAAGAGCAAGUCGAGUACCGUAAUGCCCAAUUAUUAUAUUCUUGUCACUCUAAAGCACGACUGGUCAUGUGUGGUUGUGUCAUCAGUUCUUUGCGUUUGUGUGUGAAGAGGCUAGAGUUGGUUUUCGAUGCUCAUGGAAACAUUCUAUACGUACGAAAAAGCAAUUAAGCGGCACGAUGGCAAUGUUUGUAAGUAUAUAUGUGUAAACUGGAGCUGUUUUAUUUCCUGUGUACAUUGAUAUGGCUCUUAUAUUAAAGGCUUCUUUCUUUAUGCUAA